AUGCAGCAGGGCAUGGACUGGCCUGGCUGGUUGCGCUUCAAGGCUAAAGAGAACUGUGUGCAGCACUCGAGGGAUGCUUACACCAGUAGCUCCUGUCAGCCCUCCCUGGCCACAGCGGACAUGUUCCCUGAGCACCCUGACAAGGUCAGCUACAUCUAUAGACCCCCAUGUCCCCCAAGCACUGCAGAGCAGGCCUUUGACCCCAACAAGGAGCGUCGGGAGGCCGUGAAGCGGAAGAUCACACAGUACCUGAGGCGUGCGGAGGAGAUCUUCAACUGCCACCUCCAGCGGGCUGCAGGGGGUGGCAACCCCACCGCCACGGGUUACAGCAGCCUGCGCUUCCGGCCGAUCAGGACGCUGAGCUCAGCAGUGGAGAAUCUGAGGCGGUGUAAGGUUGUGGGAGUGAUCAAUAAGGUGCAGAUUGUCCAGGAUCCGGCCACUGGUGGGACCUUUAUACUUAAGAGCCUCCCCAAAUCCCUUGUGGAGACCCGUGAGCGACAGACCAUCAUCCCUCAUGGGGUCCCCUUCAUGGUCAAGCUGCUGUGCUACUAUGUGAGUGAGGACUCCAUCUUCCUCCACCUGGAGCACGUGCAGGGGGAGACGCUGUGGUCUCACCUCCGCUCCAAGUACUGUGUCCAGCAGGGCUCUGCCAAUUCAAACACCAUUCAAGCCCUGAGGGACGGUGGCAGAGAGGACGGUGUGGGAAGCUCCCAGGGCAGCAACCAAGUCUCCAUCUUCUCUGCUUGGACAGGCAGUGGCCUCCCAGGCUCUGCGACCCACCGAGUAUUGGAAAACACUGAUGCCUUGCCCCCUCGGGAGCAGUCCCCCGACCCCAUGGACCCCAGCUCAGGGAACCACUGCCGGCUUCGCCUGGCUCCUGCCGGUGGCACAAGGGCUGCAUCUGGAGGGCAGGAUCUAAGCUUGACCCAGGCUAUGUCUGGCGUUGUGGACCAUGUUCCAGCAGCAUCAGCCAAAGGCUCCAGCCACCUUACCAACCAGGGCCUGGUCAUCUACCCCUGGGAUGCUCUAACCAGCGGCACGGGCUGCGUAUUGGAGAGAGCAGCCUCCCAACAAGACCCCGGGUCACGUGCUGGUGAAAGGAUUCCCCAGACACCCGGCCCCGUACCAAAGACUGUGAGAGGGGGCCAGCCAGGGGCAGGGGAGCCGCCAUCUCAGCAAGUGUCUGAGGUCCCUUGGGCUUGGCCUCUCCUGACCUCCUCGGGUCAGAGGCAGCUUCGUGUGGAAGUUGCCCCGUCCAGCUCUGGCAAGCCCUGUGGGCCUGACCCAGUGGUGCGGGAGCCCUCACGGGGAGCAAGCUUGACCUGUGGGCAGCUCAGAGAGCAGCCGCUCUCAGGACGGUGCCAGUCUCUGGCUUCCCGUGGGCAUGGUCGGAGAGCAUGGGCUGUGAAGGAGGAGCAGGUACAGCUGUGGGCAGCGGAAAUCCUCCUGGCCUUAGAGGGACUUCACCAGCAGGGUGUAUUGUGCCGGGACCUCAACCCCAGGAACCUGCUGCUUGAUGCAGCCGGUCAUGUCCGUCUCACCUUCUUUGGCCAGUGGACAGAAGUGGAGCCCCAGUGCUGCAGCCAGGCGCGGGAAGAGCUGUACAGUGCCCCAGAAGUGGGGGGGAUCAUGGAGCCCACCGAAGCAGCUGACUGCUGGAGCUUUGGCUCUCUCUUGUAUGAGUUGCUGACAGGAGUGCCACUGUCCCAAAACCACCCUUCAGGGAUUCAACCUCACACCCAGUUGCAUCUGCCAGAGGGGCUCAGCCUGGCUGCUACGUCGCUGCUCACUGAGCUCUUACAGUACAACCCAAAGCGGCGUUUGGGCUCUGGAGGAGGUGGCAUGGCGAAGCUGAAGUCCCACUCCUUCUUCAGUGCCAUCCCGUGGAACAAGCUGGUGGGCUAG